CGUGUUUCAGUUUUCAAGCAUACAGCGGGGAGUGCUGCGUGAGAUAGAAUUAUUGCUUUUAACGUAUUUGGAAUGUUUCGUUUGUUUUGUAAACAAAAUCGAGUGUCGCAUUCUAAAGUGCAUUGCGGACGACGGCGCGGGGAGAAUAUAGCACAUUUUUUGCAUUAGUUCUAUGAAGCAUCUAUCACAUUGCCGAUCGCAACACAUUUUUAAAAUCGUUUUCCGCAUGUUUCGUACUCAACAGCAGUAAUUCAACGAAGAGAUCAUCAAUUUACAAUACGAAUUUAAAUGAAUUGGCCAUUUAUGUUUUAGUGAGCAGUGAUGAAUACGUCUGUGCAAAUCUGAAACAUCAAAAAUGUUACUACCGAUUUUGUGUAAAAAAUAAUCAAAUUUUAAAAUUACCUUCGCAUAAUGAAGGGCAGUGAAACGAAUCAACGAAAUUUGUGAAUACGUUCAGAAAAAUGAGUUACCUGAAGUUUGAUUGAGUGUGUUUGAAACUACUCUUUUGAAAAAGCUCAACCUAAGAAGAAAUAUAAAAUGCAUUGUUUGAGCUAUAACUGUUUAUCAAUGGUAAAAUUUAAAAAAGUGUGAGAUAUUGAAUCAAGUCAAGACCUGUUUACGACACCCUUGAACGCGUAUAAAAUUUCCACAACAAAAAAUGGUGUUAGAGCAUCAAGGAAUGCUACAGAACCUACAAACACUUGGUUCACAACCGGCAUUGCAACUUUAUGCGGCAGCAGCGGCGGCGCAAUUGACACCUAGGAACCGUGUACCGCAAUGGGCACCGUUUCUACAGUUUGGAGUUCCUGGUGUUUUCGGUGGACCGUUUUUAACGAGACCUCGCUUCGGUCCGCCCGGCGCACCUCAAAGUUUAGCUGCCUUAAGUGGAUUAAAUAAUAUCAACAAUAACACACAUCAAAGCAUAUCACCACAACGAGCAAUACAGGGUCCUCCAAGUGAAGAUUCCAAUGAUGAUAGAGGAUCUGCCGCGGACGGAGACGAUGAAAGCAGUGCUUCAAAGCGUAGGAGAUCGAGAACAAAUUUCAACUCAUGGCAACUAGAAGAAUUAGAACGAGCAUUUGCCGCAAGUCAUUACCCAGACGUGUUUAUGCGAGAAGCUUUAGCGAUGCGACUGGACCUUAAGGAAAGCAGAGUGGCGGUAUGGUUUCAAAAUCGAAGAGCGAAAUGGAGGAAAAAAGAGCACACAAAGAAAGGCCCAGGAAGACCCGCUCAUAAUGCUCACCCUCAGUCCUGCUCCGGAGAGCCCAUUCCCCCCAACGAACUGCGAGCGAGAGAAAAAGCACGUCGACGGAAAAAGCUGGCGAAAGCACUAGAGCGUCAAGCAAGGAAGUUACGAGCAAAGGGAAUCACUGUUGAUCUAGACGUACUUAAGGCAGAAUACCUUUCCCAGCAUCGGAACAACUCCAGUUCAGAUAGUGAAGGCGGAGUUGACGAUGACGACGACGAAGAUCCAAUCGAUGUAGUUGGCGGAGGAGAAUCCAACGAAACACCAGAAGACUGUUUAAUGGAAAGGCGUGACAGUAUUGACGACGCUCUAGAUGAGAAUACUGACACACAUAGGAAUAGUAUGAGGCCAAAUCCAUUUAGCAUAGAAUCACUGCUAUACAAUAGUACGUGAAAAGACACUGCAAGCUAAUAUAGUUUCCUACCAAUACCUUAUUUCAGAUGCUACCAUUGUGUACAAGAAUUCAAUAAUUUAAGUUAUUAAAUGAAAUGAUUUUGUUACAUGCCGUAUUUUCUGUGACAUAUUCAAUAAUCUAAA